GUCAUCACCAACAAGUGCACAGAGAGAUAGAGAGAAAAAGAGAGAGAGAGAGAGUGACAGAGAGAGAGAUGGAAAACUUUCCUGUUGUUGAUAUGGAGAAACUCAAUGGAGAGGAGAGAGGGGCAACCAUGGCCAUCAUCCAAGAUGCUUGUGAGAACUGGGGUUUCUUUGAGGUGGUGAACCAUGGCGUCCCUACCCAGCUGAUGGAUGAGGUGCAGCGGCUGUUUAAGGAACACUACAAGCAGGUCAUGGAGAAGGAAUUCAUGGAGUCUGUGGCGAGCAAGAAGCUAGAGGAAGGAGAACCAGGGUGGGAUGAAGUGGACUGGGAGAGCACCUUCUUCGCACGCCACUUGCCUGUCUCAGACAUAGCUGAUGUGCCUGGCAUUGGCCAUGAUUACAGGGUGGCCAUGGAGGACUUUGUAACACGGCUGCAAGACCUUGCAGAGCAGUUCCUUGACCUCUUCUGUGAAAACCUUGGCUUGGAGAAAGGCUACCUUAAGAAGGUGUUCGCGGGCAAAAAUGGGCCGACUUAUGGCACCAAGGUCUGCAACUACCCAGCCUGUCCUCGACCCGACCUCGUCAAUGGCCUCCGCGCCCACACCGACGCCGGAGGUGUAAUCCUACUCUUUCAGGAUGACUGUGUCCCCGGACUUCAGCUACUUAAAGAUGGUCAGUGGGUUGAUGUUCCCCCCAUGCGCCACACUAUUGUCAUCAACCUCGGCGACCAAGUAGAGGUGAUCACGAAUGGGAGGUACAAGAGCGUGGAGCACCGGGUGGUUGCACAGAGAGAGGGAGAGAGGAUGUCGAUUGCCUCGUUCUACAACCCGGGGAGUGAUGCACUCAUAUGUCCAGCCCCUCCCCUCCUCGACAAGGAACAAAACGGAAUAGUCGAUCAAAACACGUACCCCAAGUUUGUUUUCCAAGACUACAUGAAGCUCUAUGUGCGCGAGAAGUUCAAUGCCAAGGCACCAAGAUUCCAGACCAUGAAAUCUGUGGAGUGCAUCAAUAUGGACCCAAUUGCUACUGCUUAAUUUCCCUCUCAUAUAUAUAUAUAUACAUAUAUACAAUGGAUGUCAUGCAUUUCUAUUAUGUGUCUCUCAAGAGAGCUAGUGUGUGGUUGUAUGAUGACAAGGUUGAGUUGAGUUGUGGAUUGAAGAGCUUUGUUUGGUAGAUGUUAUUGGCCCUUGGUUAUUGGUUAUGAAGUUGUUUGUAUUUAAUGAGUUGUAUCAAUAAACUAUUGUGGAGUGUUGGAGUCUUUUUGUUCAA